AUGCACGAAGCCGGAAACGGAUGGGCAGGCGUGCGCACGGCGGUGUUCUCCCCCGGUCAUCCGCAAAAGGACACCAACGGAAGCGCCAAACACGUCGCUGCCUGUGUCACCUCCCUCCCGUGGCUGCUACCCCCUCCCCCCCCAAAAAAUGAUGCAAAAUUAGGCUCCUUGCGGCGUGUACCACCAGCUGCGAGUGUUGGUGGUGGCGGACACUAA